CACAUCUUCAAGUGUCCCAUAAAAACCUCCCUGACUGCCCGCCUUCACCAUCCACUUCUCGAUUUCACCAUCAUCCAAUUCACCCCAACUAUACCGACCUGCAACAUCAGCUUCUGCCAAAUCACCGUACAGUCAUCACCUCCUCGGGAGACAAUCGCCUGAUCCCGUCACAACUUACAGCUUCCCCGCCUGCAAAGACAGCACUAGUACUUGACACGGACACUAAACCUUCUACCACACCACCAUUCCAUCGUCCCAAACGGAUAUAAAUCCCCAUCCGCCUCAGGCCUUUGACUUUGUAUACCUACCCACCCUUUUCAACGCCCAUAACUAUCAAAAACGUUGUGUUCGUUGAUCGACCAUAUCAAUUGAUCAAGUCAUGGCUCCUCCUCCAAGGUACUCAUCGAGCUGCAGCGAUUCUAUGCAAAAAUACAUUCAACUAUCUUCGCAGCAAGAGAUCCUGCACCGCCGACUCUCACUCAAUCUUCCCACUGCUACGCCAAUGGUCAGCAUGUCCCCCGAAACUCAAUCCACCGGCUCAUCGCCCACCCGCUCUCGACCAGUCUUCACCUCACCCUGGUCGCCCGACUCCAGUUACACUACUACAGCAUCCAACCCUAUUCCAGCACGUCCCAGCAAACGUCACAGUAGUGUAGGAGACACCGAAGACGCCCACAGACUCGCUGAAGUCAACCAAGAGAUCAAGGCCACACUGACCGAGCUUCUGAAUACAAACACUUGCCGAACGGAUGGGAAAUACCGUCAAUGGGUUCAAGGACGUCUCAUGGAUGUCGAACACGAGAUCCGUCAGCAGCGACGCCGUCGCUCAAGCGGAUCGUCUGUUGGAGAACGAGAGUUUGCCUCAGCCGCUGCCGAAAGUCUUGAAUUCAACCUUCCACCGUACAAGCCUUGGUGAUGCGACGUUCACUUAUUAUAUCUUCUCUCUCUCUUGUUAGUUUUUCUAGGAUGGUAAUGGAUCUGGGACCCGGCGCAAGGCGUGUUUCUGAGAUGAAGUGCUCAAAUCAGAACGACUCUUACGAUUAUCAUCGAACGGUAUCUACGUCUUCGUGCAUCCCAACAAAACAAACGACAUGAGGAAUCUACGGUUUCCCCUCCCCUUAUCUACCACGCAUACACGCAUGUGCUAUACACAGUAUACCGUUCAAAUCCCUAAGACUCAGAGCCAGAAUCAAAUAAGCUAGCGCACGAUGAACCACCCCAAGAGCUGAAUAUCUUGCUGCGAAGAGUAAUCCCAACAAAAUCGUAUCCCCCUUUCCUUGCUCGCUGUUUACCCUUCGAUUUGCAGGACUUUUAGUGCGUGGUCGUGCGGAUCGGGGCCGCCUGAAUGCGGGGUGCGAUCGGCAUUGCGUACUCGAUUUCAUAAUUUUCUUCAGCUCUCCUUGCUUCCGGUGAAUAUGGGCCAAGCCCUUGAUUCGA